AUGGCGACGAAACAGUUGCAGAGACCGCCGUCCACGACGUACUCGCACCGAAAGCCACGCCUUCGACAGUCUAGGGCGUCGUCUUCGUCUCCGCUAAAAGCACCAGAAAAGGACGAUGUCACACUGCAAGAAAUGUGGCGUCGAAUGAAAAAAAGAGCGCGACAGCCUACUGCGCCCGUAGCUUUGGAUCCUCUCGAGGUAGAACACAACUCGAAAAGACACAAACAGGACUCGGACGUUACCGCGGAUCUAGACAGCAUCACGCUUCCGAAUCUGUCUCGCGACUACAUUAUCCCCAUCACGAGCAGGAAUGGUAGUCUCUUUGAUCAGUUCAAGACGCCUGCCAACGCUCCCCUUUCUCCACAUGUCUCGCGCUCUCGAUCUCGCCGCUCUGUCUUACCAGAACAAUUCUCUCCGAUGCCUGUUUCUCGCCACAAGCUUGCUCGGACCAGCUCUCGCAAAUUAAAAGAAAAUUCAAAUAUCUUGGAUGGGCUCGCAUCUCCUUUCCAUAGUCGCCCCGGAUCAAAGACAAGUUCUCCGGGGAAGAAAAAACUAAGGAAGAAUCUACAUGCAAAGUCUCGCACCCUCUCUGAUUCUCGCCCUGUGGACCAUUCUAGCACCGUGCAAUCUCGGACGCAGGCCUCGUCUGUUCGCGUCGGCAAACCUGUGCAUCAUGCACGCUGUCCCUCUGGUCCCGAGGCCUCCACAGCGUACUUGCUUGACCAGAUCUCAGACGACGACUGGUUUCGCCCCGCCAGGGCUCUGACUCAAGGCCCGUUUCUCGUCGACGCCAUGCCUCCUGGAACACCGCAACCGGACUGGAGUUUCAGCACCGAAUCAUUUUACCGCGAUUUCCCCCUGAGGACGUCGACUCCGGUGUCAAAGAAAAGGGCGUUUCGACUCGCUCACGACGAAGGGACUCCGAGCGCGCCGAACACUCCCGAGAUGCGCGACAGGAAUGCAGGAGAGGACGUCGUGAUGGCAGAUGUCAAUACAAGUCCCGAACAGCCCCCUCGGCGCACGUACAUUCACUACAGCAAAAAUAGCAUCUUUUCGUCGUCCUUUGUCGACUCGACCACCGCCCCGCUGUCUCAUCAACGUUCAAAAUCUUAUGAAGAUUCUCUUUCUUCCAUGUCCUUGACCGACACGGUCGUAUCAAGGAGUAUUCCGGGAUCGCACCUCGGCCAUUUCGACAUGGCGGACGGCAUUGCUCCUGAAGUCGUCGCGACGCCAUGCUCUAGCCCUAUCGCCGAGGAACUCAGCGGAAUGCUGGUCUCCAUGGGCUUCUUCGACCCACCCCCGACGUCGACCUCGAACGGCGCGCUCAACCGGUCUCGCUCGCUAGACAGCUCCGCGCUCGCGGGCGACGAGCCCGCGCAAGGCCGCGCUCAGAAGGACCUGGGCCACCGGCGCAACCGCACCCGCGCAGGCACGAUCCGCGCCUCGGACUACGCGCAUAUAUCCGCGAACAACGUGUCCGCGCCGCUGAUCACGACCGCGACGACGACGCGCACGCGCUCGGGGACGAUCCGGCCCGCGCGCGCGCCCGUGCUCGCGCGGACGAGCUCGGAGCCCGCGCUCGCGCCCGCAGAGGAGGCGCCCGUGCUCGCGGAUGACGGGGAUGAGGACGUCACGGUGUCGGAUGACCCGCUCGAUUGUCUGUCGUCCAGGUUCAGGGAGAACGGGGCCCCAGUGGAGCGGUGCGUGCGCAGGCGGGCGGGGACGAGGCCGAUGCCGAUGCCGAUGUCGCGGGCGGUGAGGAAGCGCGUGGCGGAGAUCGCGGCUAUGGAUAUCGACGUCGGGAGCGACGAGAGCGACGACCCGCUCGAUUGUCUGUCGUCUAGGUCUAGGGAGACCGAGGUGGUGGUGGAGAGGCACGUGCGCCGGCGGGCAGUAAGGGCGCGCGAGGCGGAGGACGUGGCUAUCGGCGUCGAGAGCGGCGAGAGCGACGAGGAGCCGCUGUCGGUCGCGAGAGACGGAAGCAGAAGGGGGCCUUGA